GGGAGAGCAGAGGGCUGGUGCGCGCGCAGUAGCGCUAGGGCUGGGCAUAGCUCGCGUAUAGUACCGCCACACCGAUAGUUCGCCGUAUGCAACGCUUGAGCACUCUUGCGUCGCGCGUUCGCGCCGCUCAAGCCAUACACUGCCGCUGCACACUGCAAUAGGGACAACGACUCGCGCACUGCUCGUCGUUGCGCUCGCCUGCGGCGCGGCAGCGUUGGCGCCGCCACGCAUGCCUCGUCCCAAGAUUUUUCUUGUUGGCGGGCCGAGCGGUGCGGGCAAGGACGCGCUGCUCGCCGGCGCCCGCGAGAAGGCCGCGGACGUCGCAUUCGUGGUCCGCGACGUCACUCGCGCCGCGGACCAGUGCUCGGCACUCGAAAGGUCCGUGUCGUCCGACGAGUUCGCGACCGGAGAGUACGCGCUGCGCUGGAGCGCGCACGGCACGACCGACUACGGCAUCCCGGCGAAGGCGCUCGAGGAAGUACUCGCCGCGGGCCGCACGAUCGUCCUGAACGUGUCGCGGGGGACCUUUGCGGAAGCGCGCGACAAAUACGCGGACCGCGCCGACGUCUACGUGUUGCUCGUGACGGCGUCGCGCGAAGCGCUGCGCGAGCGACUGACAGCGCGCGCCCGCGACGGCGACGACGCCGAGGCGCGCUUGCAACGCGCCACGGCCUACGCGCCGCCCGACGCGCGCUUUUGGCCGGUGGUGCGUAUCACGAACGACAAGAGCCUCGCAGAAGGCGUCGAUCGCUUCGUCGCCGCGUUGAGACGGCCGGAGGAGUACUGCGUUCCGGUUCUAGGGCUCGUGGGCUGCUCGGCUUCGGGAAAGUCUACCCUGUGCGCAGAGCUCCCCGCGGCGGCCGUCAUCGCGGCCGACGACUUUUACCUGCCGCGCGAUGCGUGCCCGCGUUUUGACCUCGCCGCGGACAUCCGGUGGCCAGCGGGCGUGCCUGACGCUUUCCAGGUGCGCGGCAACGCGGACCUAAAUCAUCCGGACUCGGUGGAUUGGGCCGCGUGCGCGGACGCCGUCGACGCGGCGGUCGAGGCGGUCGUCGACGCCGGCGGCGGCGGCGUUGUUGUUGUCGAGGGGCUCCUCCUGCUAGGCGCUGGCGCCGAACGCGUGCGCGAUCGCUGUUCCACCUUGAUUCUACUGGACGACGGAUACGACGACCCCGCCAAGCAGGAGGUGCUCUGGCGACGGAAGUGGACACGGUCGGGCCACCUCGGCAAGAAGUCGUAUCAGGACCGGGGCGUGACCGCGGACGAGUACGCAGCUUAUUGGGGCGAUUACGUCUCGGCGCGCUGGAAGGAGCACGGGCUUGAGAGAAUCGAGGCGGUAUCGGGGCGGAUCCAUCGAGUCGAUGCGCACGCGGACGACCGGUCGGCACAGGUCGAGCGCAUCCUGCGCGCGCUCGCCCCCAGCUGAGUAAUUUGUUCUGGUGUUCUCCCGC